AUGCUCGACGCUGUGGAGGCUGGCUGCGAACGAGACGAGGUGUCAGCAGAGAGGAAUCAAGAUGCAUGGCAGGAAAUCGAUUCCGCAGGCCUCAGCACCGGCAGCCUUCUCACGACGGAGACCUUGGUCGGCCAGGACGGCUGGUUGGCAUGGAACUGGGACGGUGAGAGAGUGACGGGAGGGAGGUCGGAGGGACGUACGCAUACUCUGCAGCGCCAUGCACGCGGGUUCGCCAGCUAUCGGGGAGACGACAUGGAGAGGUAUCGCCACGGUUGGGUUGCCGGCGAAGAGAGGCAGAGGCUCACCUCUUACCUCGAAGGCCGCGCGCGCUAG